AUGGUCCAUUGGUUAAUGGUAAUUCUCACUUAUAACUUAGCCAUUCUAAAGUUAUCAGUCAGUGAAGUAACACUGUCCUUACGUUUACUACAUUAUAAAAAUCGGAAUGGUUUAACGUAUGAAAAUCGUCCGUGCGAUACGAGAUACGAGCAUGACAUCAAUCACGAUGGGCGAUGUGACACUGCCUUUUUAUUCUGUCUUGUACGAUUACCUUUCCGAAAUCCACAUAAUUGUACAUUAGGAGAUCAUUUUACCGGUUUCGUCGGUGCUGAUGAUAUUCAUUUUAUCAAUGUGAAUCAACAGCAAGAAGAUAAAUUCGAUGCACAACCGCGAUCGGCAUCAUCGUUGAAUACUCUUUGGUAUCAACCCAUUAUUUAUUUCCGUUUUAAAUAUCCUGAAGCAGGUAUUGGUUUAAUUGUUGAGGUAUUCGAUGUUGAUGACAUGAAUAAUCAAACGAUCCAUGAUUCAAUCGAUUUCUAUGCAAGAAAAUUGCUUGAUUUGAAUACUUAUCCAUCUAAAGACUUAGCGAAACCACGACGAAUUCAUUUACAAAGUUUAUUUGGUGUUUAUACGAACCUGACAGCAGAUUUUUCGUUGUACUGUUCACCAAAUUACUUCGGAACGAAUUGUGAAACAUUUUGUUUACCACACGAUCAACGGUACGAUUGUGACGUGAACACAGGACAGAAAAUUUGUAAAAAUGGAUACUUUGGAGCGCAUUGCUUUAGUGAUGUUCGUGCUUGUGCAGAUGAACCGUGUUUGAACAACGGCACAUGCGUUGUAUAUCUUCGAAGUUAUCUAUGUCAAUGUCAGAAAGGAUUCUCCGGUCGAACAUGUGAAAUCGGUUCAACAAUGAGAAUCUUCUCAUCGCCGUGUAAUCGCCUGAAUUGCGUUCAUGGAUACUGUUCGAAAGAAGGAAGGUGUGUUUGUUACAACGGCUGGACGUCAGAGAAUUGUAAUGGAAGCUUUAUAAUCGCAGGAGAAUCCGGUUGUUCAAGUCGACCCUGUUUACACAAUGCCACAUGUGAGACAUUGAUUGGCGUCAAUCCUGCAUCGGCAUAUCGUUGCCAUUGUCGAGCAGGAUUUACCGGUCGAAAUUGCGAAACUUCAAUGAUUCAAAUGUGCGAACAGGUGACUUGUGUUCACGGACAGUGCUUUAAAAUCGAUUAUGACACAGAAAUUUGUGUUUGUCAAAAGAACUGGACAGGAAUCGAUUGUUCCCAGCGAUUACACCCUUCAACUACAACGACGAGAACAACAACAACACCACCACCGCCUACUAUCAGAUAUAUUCGACCGACGAAACCAACGAGAAUCAUAAAAAACCUAACCAACGUGGUUUUACAAAAUGAUAUACACAACUAUCUCGAUUGGUUGAACAUGAAAUACACAGAUAGGAAAAAUGGCACUUUAGCCGAACUACCUAUCACAAUAUCGACCGGACAUCAUAAAUAUAAACAUUCACCAUGUUCGAGCAAACCGUGUCUUCAUAAUUCGACGUGUGUAUCACGAUCUGAAGAAAGUUUCCAAUGUAUUUGUUCCGUGUCAUUCAUUGGAGUUUAUUGUGAAAUUGAACAAAAUCCAUGUGAAAGUUCUCCAUGCCAACAUCAAAGUCUUUGUAUAAGUAAAUCGAAUCACCAUAUUCAAUGUCUAUGUCGACCACAUUAUACCGGCAAAUUUUGUGAAUAUCCGGUACCAUUUUAUCUGACGCCUUUCAACGAAAAAUGCAAUCGUGUUUGUCAAAACGGCGGUGUUUGUCUGAUUGACGAAGCUAAUCAAGAACAAUGUGUUUGUAAACCAACUUACACCGGGCAUUAUUGUGAACUAUCGAAAACUAAUUGUACUAACAGCACGGAUCCAUCUUGUUAUGCUGAUCCAUGUAAAUCUAAUCCGUGUUUAUUCAAUGGAACCUGUCACAUGUUAUUAGCAUCGAAAAACUACAUUUGUUCAUGUCUUGAACAAUAUACAGGUGAACGUUGUGAAUCUGAAAUGAAUUCCAAUUCAUCAAAAGUCAUCGCCACCAAUCCUAAUAUCAACUUCGACGACGAUGAGACAAACAAUACCAGCAAUCUCUGGCCGUUAGCGAUCGUCUUCGGUUAUGUAUUUUCUCUCAUGUUAGUUUUUAUAAUCAUCUGGUUCUUAUGGUAUGGUUUAACAAUUCGUCCUCAAUCCUAUACUCCAUAUGGUGAACGUGUUAGUAGUGAUCGAUAUCAACCAUAUCGUCUGGGUGUUAGUAAUCCACUUUUUUUUACAAAUCAAGAAUAUAUUACACCUAUAUCAACAACAUUAUUAACACCACCAACAACAAUAUCAAAUCUUGAUCAAUGGACACGAACAAUAACUCGUUAG